UACAACUUUGUGUUAGUUUGUUUAUUUAGUGUGUGUGAAAAAUCAUACAUGUAGUUGUAUAAUGGAGCCAUUUCUGCUAUUUGGAAUUAUUCUUUGCAGCCAAGUGCUCAGCACAACAUUGUCGGGGAACGGGACGUCUGGAGGUUUCACAGUCGAAGAGAACGCAUACCUUAAACUGACGUGCUCCACGUCUACCGAUGUCCAGUAUGUUAGCUAUUAUAGAAGAUAUUUGGACAGACCUCCUGAUACAAUAACCGCAGUAGGCUACGCCACAUCAGGAUGUGGCACGGACCCACUACCGCCGUCCUACCUCCGCUGCUCAUGUGUCAGUAGAAGGGAAUACGUCUGUGUCAUCGGAACCGUCACCAGAGCCAUGAACGGGAACGUUUGGUUUUGUCUAACUCCAGCAGGAUAUCUAAAUGAAAAGAGUGGGGAUAAGACAAUCCUCGUAACAAUCGGCAUAACAUCGGUAUCUAUGGUAUACCCGGCGGUCCGCUCCGUCACUGUCAUAGAACACACCGCCCGGCAGUUCCGGUGUGAGACAUCUGCCGGGAACCCCCAGGCCAUCGUGGAGUGGUACAAGGAUAAUGGUACACCGGGCAGGGCGGAUGACACGGAAAUUACAACCGGGAAAGAGACAGACUCGAGCGCAAGUGGUACUCUGAUUGUGACUUUCGGUAGCCUGACGUUGACUGUGCAGAGAAACGAUCACGAUGUUGGUGUGUACUGCAGGGCAAAGAACGUCGGGGAUUGGCUGUAUUCCUUAAGUGUGAUUUUAGAUGUUCAAUAUGAGCCCUCCACUCCGAAAGUUUCCUACAAGGGUUCCGAGGUUACCACUGUACGGGUAAUAUCCGGACGAUCCAUGACGCUUACAUGCAGCAGCAUGGGGAACCCGAGCCCUGCUUUCAUCUGGAUAUACCCUGGUGGAGGCUCAGUAAGUGGCCCCACCUUCACACUGGCCAGCGUGCAGACAACACACGCCGGAACUGUUACAUGUACAGCAAAUAACCAGUUGUCACCUACUGGAGGGACAGUGGUUGAUAAAACUGAACCAACAACCAUCAACCUUCAGGUUUUGUAUCCACCGAGUUCACCCACUUGUACCAUCAGUGGAACUUCUAUCUCGACCACGGCCAUACUAGUGGAGGGCACAGACCGCAUUAUCAGCUGCACCAGUUACACCAACCCACCCCUUGUCACGUACAUGUGGUCAACUCCGAGUCGUGGACAAGUGUCUGGAGCCAGUUUGUCCCUGACAAAUGUCGAGCACCCAGCUGACCAAGGCCAGUACACCAUUACGGCCACAAACAUAAUGAACCCAACAGUAGGAAAUACGGAAACGGGAACAAGCAACACAUCGUUCUCGGUAGAUGUUCAGUUUGGACCUAAAGUGCAACUUCCUCAGACUGAUGACGUUUUGGAGGGCAGUGUGGUAAACUAUUCAUGUUCUAUCAUCUCUGGGAACCCUUCUCAGACAUUCUUUAUCUGGACGAGGUCAUUUGAUAGCAGGCAAUGGAAUAGCCAGAUUUUCAGUAUUACCUCUGUGCAGAAAUCAGACGACGGCAUGUACACAUGUACCGCGUCAAACCUUAUGACGCCUACUGGAUCUACCGGCCAGACAGGAAAUCAUAGCGGAAGCAUGCACCUUAAUGUUCAGUAUAAGUCAAGCGUAACAGAGUUUCGUGUGACUGGAAACAGACACGAAGCAAACGUAACAGAAACAGAGAAAAACAGUACGACGUUUACCUGUAUGGUGGAUAGCAAUCCUCCAUCAACCAUCAAGAUAAAGAAGGACGGCGAGCUGAGGAGAUCCGUCAUUCACUCGACACAGCUGGAGUACACGAUUGCAAAACUGUCAUGCACGGAUGCUGGGCUGUACACUUGUGAUGCCAGCAACCAGUUUAAUUUCGACAAACAUUCAGCAAAGGAUUUACAUAUGUAUGUUACAUGUUCACCAAGGCGCCCUCCUGGCCAGGAUAUCAAGUUGAACUUUACAGCUCGAUUACAUGAUAAUGUAACACUGCAGUACACUGUGGUUGCGUACCCAGUCCCGAUCGCUUCACAGUUCGUCUGGAAAAGAUGUUUGAGGAGAAAUAUGUGCAUACAAUUGUCAAACAUCACCGCAAAAUAUGAAAUUACAACAAUGGACUUGUCGAGUAACUUGACCAUUGAGGAUGCUGAUAUUGAUGAUUUCGGCGCGUACAGUCUUUCAAUUAAAAAUGACAUUGGCGAGGAACUAGUCGAGGAUAUGUUUCUGCAAUCAGUCGGUCCACCUGAUACUCCAAGCUGGUUCAUGGUGAUUCCAGAUACAGUCACGAGUUCAAGCGCUGUUUUGUCAUGGAUUCCAGGACCUAACAAUGGGUCUCCACAAACGUUCCACAUAUCAUAUCGAGUACUAAAUACUUUGGCGGAUUGGCUGGAUGUUAGUGUUCAACAUAACGGAGAAACUGAGAUGAACGAUACCCUUAUUAGUUUAGAACCAGGGAGAUCUUAUUUUGUCAAAUGCUAUGCUCUGAAUAUAGCAGGUGAAUCUGCGAAACAAAUACUAACAUUCAGCACAUUAAAAGAAGUCGCCAAUGCUAAACCACAAAUAGCUGCAAUUGCUGGUGGUGUAACAGCUUGGGUUAUAACGAUGGUAGCCAUUGUUGUCGUCUUCUGUGUUCUUCGAAAUCAAUAUUCUGUAUCGUGUGCGUUCAAGGUCACCCGUAAAGAAGAUUCACGCUCAAGACCUACCGUACCUUUUGCUGAGAUUCCUGGUGAUAACGAUGCCACAACUUACGAAACUGUAUCAGCAAAAAACAACACGCCUCUUUACGACGUUUUGAGUGUUGGAAAUGAAGGACCGGUUAAUCCACACGUGUACAUGCCGCUAGAUGAGUCCAUGGCAAAUCCCUGUCCAAAAAAGGAGGAAUCAAAGACAGAGGUUCCCAUUUACCACAACACGAUGGCGAAGAACCAAGUGCAGACGGUUCUUUGAGUGAGAAAUCCGAAUUCCAUGUAUGAUGAGCUCACAAGCUCAUGAGCUAUGAUGAUUAAUUGUUGUCGAUACUGAAUAACUCCGCAAUGCUAUUUGUUGAUUGUACAGUAUUGAUAUAUAUACUGAUAAUAAAAUGAGAGUAUGCUGCGAAUUGUGUACGAACUAACUAUCCAUCCUAAAACUGUAAAUCUAUUUUAUAUAAAAGCAAAUAAUAACAUACAACUGGACACUUAAUUAUUAAGAUCUAACGUGCAUAUUUCGUUAGUUUUAUUUUCAACUCAUUCCCAGAAAAAAUAUGGAUGAACUUAUUUGUUUACGGAGAAUACUUUCGACCUGAUUAAUAUCUCAUGUUCAUCGAUAAGCUUCUGUGUGACCUAGAGGCUUCAGAUGAACUAACGAUGAAGUUUACGAACAUCGUCACUACCAUGCCAAGAUUAACGCUGUGACGAGUUAUACCAAUACUGUAAUGAUCGCAAAAGUAAAGAUGAUGCUGUGCUUAUCAACUCAACUAUCGUUCAUUAAACAAAAUCGGCAACUCUCUUUGGAAUAGACCUCCAUAAAUCGUUCUAAUAAAACCGUGCUGUUAAAGCUAGAGAAAUGAAUGGUGUUUGUAUGUGAGCAAUAAACGUGAAUAAAUGUAACAAUUGUGCAGUAUUAUGAAAUUCAUGUCUGUUAUUAAUGUCUUUGUAAGAACUAUUACUCGGCGAAUAAUACUCACGUAUAUGACAUGAUUCUACGAUCAAUUAGCCUGUUACAUUGCAUUACUUAAAUCAGCAUUUUAA